AUGCCGCCACCGACUAGGCUGGAGAUAGCCGAGCCAUGGAACUAUGUGGCUGAGAAGCCAUCCGAAGUCAUCGCAUGCGUGUGUGAGCCGGGUGAUGUGCUCUACGUGCCGCAGGCAUGGUGGCGAUCCAUGUGGAACUUGGAUGACCUUUCGCUGGGCAUGGGCUGGGAGGGUGCUGAUCAUGGAGAUUCAGACUGGGAUGAAGCUAUGCAUGCAGUGGCCGACGGCGAUUUGCAGCUCCUGAAAUCUCUAGAUCCACAGGUCUCCCAGGAGAUGAUGUACCUGGCUGCACGCACUGGAGAUGAGGAGGUCGUCGCCUAUUUGCUGAGUCGCCUGAGUCAUCCGUCGGAUAUCCACUGGGGCACGGUGGCGGCGGCGGCUGCGAUCAGUGGACAUCAGUCUGCCUUAUCCCUGCUGCGGAAAGGUGUGGCCUCGCAUGGAACGGUGUGGCACCCCUGGGUGCUCCAUGCAGCUGUGCUGUGUGGCCAGCUGGCCACGGUGGAGGCUUUGCUGGCAGACGGAGCUGCUCCGAAGGCCACAGAUGCUUUGACCGCGGACGAGUCAGCUCCUGAUCACUUCAUCCAGGAUGGAAUACCUUGGACUCCUCUACAUUUAGCAUGCUGGAACGGCCAUGAAGACGUCGUAAACGCUUUGCUCAAGGCGUCUGGUGGUUCGGACUUGGACUUCGUGGGUAAGGAGACGGCUCCUGUGCCUAUGUGGCGUCCAGCGUCCAGCAUCUCUGCUGGUGCUUCUCCAUUGCAUUUGGCCGCUCUGCGGGGACAUCCCCAGGUCCUGCAGCAUCUCCUCGAUGCGGCACCUGAACUUGCGGAUGCUGUAGAUGCAAGUGAGGCUACACCCCUCCAUCGUGCUGCGCAGGGUGGAGAUAUGGAGGUGGUGCAGCAGCUCCUCCUGCAGGGUGCAGAUCCCGGCGCCAAGACCGGCGACGCCGGACUGACACCGUGGCAGGUGGCCGAGGCUCAUGGCUUCCCCGGAGUGACUUCAUCAAGCGCCAGCGGCGGCCUGGAUGAGCACUGA